AGUUCUCGGAGAUACCGUCAUCGAAUAUAUAUACCCUACCCCUCAAAACCACAAAUCAAAAUCAGCAACAACUGAAUUAGAGAAAUCUCCAGCCAAUCAAGCUAUAGCCAAUUGUUCUUGCUAAGAUUUUAAAAGAUGUCGAUCAUUCCAAGCCUCUUCAAUGGCCGACGAAGCAACGUCUUUGAUCCAUUUUCACUUGACAUUUGGGACCCUUUCAGAGACUUCCCAAAUCCAUCUUCCUCUGAUGUCUCCUCUGCUUUCGUAAACACCCGUGUGGAUUGGAAGGAAACCCAUGAAGCUCAUGUGUUCAAAGCCGAUCUUCCAGGGAUCAAGAAAGAAGAAGUGAAGGUGGAGGUAGAAGACGGAAGGGUCUUACAAAUCAGUGGCGAGAGGAACGUGGAGAAGGAAGAUAAGAAUGAUAGAUGGCAUCGGGUUGAACGCAGCAGCGGAAAGUUCACGAGGAGGUUCAGGUUGCCGGAAAAUGCUAAGAUGGAUGAGGUGAAGGCAGCCAUGGAAAACGGAGUGCUCACAAUUACUGUCCCNAAGGAAGAAGUGAAGAAGCCUGAUGUGAAAUCUAUUGAAAUCCGUGGUUAAAAAAGAUGAAUCAGAUUAUCAUGUCCAAGAGUGUUUGUGUAUUGUCUUUUUGGUAUUUGGUAUGUAUAGAAGGUGUUCGCUGAAAUGCAUACCUGAAUUGGUAUAUAUGUUUCUUGUUGUUUAAUCAAUAAAAUGGUUUGUAACCAAUU